AAUUUCUUAUUUUUAUUCUCAAAAUUUUCAAUUUUCUAGAAAAUUAGGAAAGUUUUCUUAUUGCCUAUGAGUCUCCUUAACAGGUGGCCUAAGAGGAACGGGCUUAGCAGAGGAGUCCAAUACCCGUUUUCCAAACGGGUCAAACCCACGGAAAACCACCAAAACCUCCAUUACCAGCACCUGAACCUGAGCCUAAACCCUAAGCCUCCAUUAGCAACACUCGAAAACGGCACCGUUUCGCAUGAUGAAUGCUUAUAGCUGGAGCGUAAAUGGAGCCAAUUAAUAAAGCCAAUAUUGUUGCUUCAGCGCUGUUCGAACAAUGUUCGUUCUAUUCCAAAGAUUAUUGCGAAUCAGACACAGAAGCAACUCUCACCGCGUAGUAAGCCCAUUUUCACACAAUCUUUUGAUAUUUGUUAAUGAUCUCCUUUGCUUUUUCCAAUGUCCAUUCGCCAGAAACGCCAAAUUCAGUACUUUCGACGGAGUUUUCUUCGAUGACGAAAUGAUGAAGAAAAUUGUGCGUGAGGGUAAGUGGGAAGAUUCUAGAAUAUUGCGACUCUUUGACUCUGCUUUAGCUCCCAUUUGGGUCUCCAGAAUCCUGGUGGAGUUGAAACGAGAACCUAGGUUAGCUCUUAACUUGUUUAAUUGGGCAAAAACGCGGAGUUCAUUUCGUCAUACGACAGAGAGUUAUUGUCUGAUUGCUCACAUUUUGUUUUGUUCAAGAAUGUACAAUGAUGCAAGCAGUGUUCUAAAAGAAUUGAUUAGUUUGAAUAAUGGAAACAAGGCCGCAAUUCCUUGUUCUCAUAUACUUGAUAUCCUGUGGUCAACUAGAAAUGUCUGUGUUCCAGGUUAUGGGAUCUUUGAUGCUUUUUUCAGUGUUCUGGUUGAAUUGGGGUUUCUAGAGGAUGCUUAUGGGUGCUUUUUAAGGAUGAGAAGUUUUAGAGUAUUUCCGAAAAUCCGAUCCUGCAAUCAUCUUUUGGAUAGACUUUGGAAGGCGGGAGAUCAAGAUUUCUCUUGGCGUUUUUUUGAGGAUUUGAUUGCUGCUGGGCCAUCUCCAAACGUUUAUACGUAUAAUAUAAUGAUUGGUUAUUUGUGUAAAGAAGGGGACUUGGAUGCCGCAAGAAGAUUAUUUGUACAGAUGAAAGAGAACGGGGUUAAUCCUGAUGUUGUUACGUAUAAUUCUCUUAUUGAUGGGACUGGAAAGCUAGGGGAGCUUCAGGAAAUGGUUUCUAUAUAUGAGGAAAUGAAGGAAGCUGGGUGUCCUCCGUGUGUAGUAACAUAUAAUACUUUGAUUAAUUGCUUUUGUAAAUAUGACAAAAUGGACUUGGCAUUUAACUAUCUGAAUGAGAUGAAGAAAAGUAGUCUAAAACCCAAUGUUGUGACUUAUAGCAUAUUUGUCGAUGCUUUCUGCAAAGAAGGGAUGCUGCAAGAAGCGAUGAAAUUUUUCAUUGACAUGAGGCGAGUCGGUCUCAUUCCCAAUGAGUUCACUUACACUUCUUUAAUUGAUGCAAACUGCAAAGCGGGGAAAAUGGGCGAAGUUUUGAUCCUAGUCAAAGAGAUGUUAGAAGUGGGGUUUGAGUUGAACAUAGUUACCUACACGGCAUUGCUUGAUGGCCUUUGUGAAGAAGGGAAGCUUAGAGAUGCCGAAGAAGUUUUUAGAAUAAUAUUAAAAGAUGGGAUCAUCCCUAAUGAAAAAUUAUAUACUGCUCUUGCACAUGGGUAUAUGAAAUCGAAAAAGUUAGAAGAUGCUAUGAACAUUUUGGAACAAAUGAAGGAAAAGAAUAUCAGGCCAGAUGUAUUACUCUAUGGAACUAUCGUAUGGGGUCUUUGCAACCAAGGAAAGUUUGAGGAUGCAAAGAUUUUUUUUCAUGAAAUGGAGGGGCAAGGUAUAGAAGCAACUUCUGUCGUAUAUACCACACUCAUUGAUGCUUGGUUUAAGGCUGGAAAAUCCACAGAAGCACGCAACCUGCUAAGUGAGAUGCAGAAAAGAAAUAUUGCCCCUACUGUAGUGACAUAUUGUGCAGUAAUUGAUGGUUUGUGUAGUUCAGGGUUUGUUCAGGAAGCAAUUGAUCAUUUUAAUAAUAUGCCAAACAUUGGUUUGCAACCUAAUCUGAUGGUUUACACGGCACUUAUUGAUGGUCUCUGUAAAAAUAAAUUUCUAGAGGCUGCUAAAAACCUUUUUGAUGAAAUGCUUGACAAAGGUUUGCUUCCUGAUAAAGCUGCUUAUACAUCUCUGAUUGAUGGAAACAUGAAGCAGGGAAAUGUUCAAGAUGCCUUGCUUUUGAAGAAAAGAAUGAUUGAAAACGGUAUUGAGCUUGAUCUUGUUGCCUAUAGCUGUUUGAUUUGUGGUCUUUCAAGAAAUGGUCAAGUGGAGCAAGCAAGAUGUUUGCUUGAUGAGAUGAUUGAGAAGGGUGUUUCUCCCGAUGGUAUUAUUUAUCAGUGUCUCAUAAGAAAAUAUUAUGAACUUGGUAAUACAGAUGAAGCUCUUUUCUUGCAGAGUGAGAUGGUGAAAAGAGGCUGUACGGCCAUAAAAAGUGAAAAUGAUGUUCAAAAUACAUCUAAACUUGGUAAUACAGAUGAAGCUCUUUUCUUGCAGAAUGAACUAGUGAAAAGUGGCAGUACAAAUGUCACAAGUGAAUAUGAUCAAAAUACAAACCUAAGAGUGUAAUUAUUGGACAUGUAGCAUUUUCAUAUGAAGGGAAAGAGUGAAACCUAAAGAAACGGCUGUCUGUUUCUAUGCCAACACUUCUUGAUCUUCCAAACUAUGGUGAUGCUGACUUGUAUACAUGCAUGGAACCUGGUUAAAGUGAUAACUGUCAUAUGUGAAUGAUUCUAUGGUGAAAGGAUGGAUUUGCUCGUCCAGCUAUGUGAUCAUCAUUGACAGUUAGGCCAUGAUUCAAGCCUUGAAAACCUGUUUGAAAAGCAGAGUUUAGGUUACCUACGUAUUUAUCCUCCAAAUCCUGCAUAUUGUGGCAGCCUUGUGCACGGGGUCUGACCUUAAUGAUAUUGCCUUUGAUGCAGAAAUAACGAGUGCAGUGGCAGCUUUGAACAUGAGUUAUGCUGCCUGCCAAAAGAAACUACUUGUGUGUUUGUACGUUGUAGUGGACAGACUCACAGACAUGCUUAUGGAUGUGUGAUUACUUUGGUGUUCCAGGAGAUACAUGUAAUUGUAAAGUACCUUGGAAGGGCAUGUAGAAUUAUGCUGAAGCAUUUUUUAUUAGUGAGUUCGCAGCCAGCCACGAAGCAUUAUAACAAUUGAACACCAUCUCAUACCCACCCUUCAUCCUCAUGUGUUCUAAUCAAAUGAUGUAUUGUGGAUUGAUUGGUCAUCAAACAUUUUCAACAUUUACAGAUUCUAACAAGGACUUGUACUUUUGAAGUUCACCAUUCACCCAUAGGAAUACAAAUAGGAACAUCUGGGUAUGUUUGGGUCACGAGAAAUCAAAAUCAUAGUUAUUGUGAGUUUAAUUUAAUUAACAUUUUAAAAAAAUACUACUAUAGAAUUUGAUUAUUUUUUCAAAA